UUGACGGCUUUGACUCUUUACUAAAGAUAUACAGCCAGGACUUACUAAUCUUAUCAAUCAAGAAGCCAUAUUUAAAGUAUGACAUUUUGACUAAUAUACUUAAUUAUCAUGCUGUAAAGCACACAAAUAAAACAGCUAGUUAACUUCAUACAGUAGGGGGAGCUGAGGUCUUCCGCUCUCGUGAGAACCGCGCGAAGCGAGAAACACGAGGAGGCGGGGCUUCACUCUCCCUUCGACCACAACAAAGAUGGAGUCGCGAUAUGACCGCUAGCCUGUCAAUUUUCAUGGCGACGCUCUGAAACUGGCGUUGAACUGAAGAUGGACGCGUCAAGUUUGUUGGAUCAGAUCGCGGAGAAACGCGUUUGCAUCGUCGGGUCCGAGCUGGUGGACAAUUACACGGUUUACAUCAUUGAAGUCAAAGUUGGAGAUCACAGCUGGACGGUUAAACAUCGCUACAGUGACUUUCAUGACCUGCACGAGAAGCUCACUGCGGAGAAGAAGAUCGAUAAACAUCUGUUGCCACCCAAGAAGAUCCUCGGGAAAAACUCCAAAAGCCUCGUCGAGAAGAGACAGAAAGAGCUCGAGGUUUAUCUGCAGACCCUCCUGAGCAGUUUCCCAUCCUCGACCCCUAAAGUCCUUUCCAACUUCUUGCAUUAUCACUUAUAUGAAAUCAAUGGAAUUGCUGCUGGCUUGGCAGAAGAGCUGUUUCAUAAGGGUGAGCAGCUGUUAGCUGCAGGUGAGGUGUUUGUACUGAGACCCCUGCAGCUGUACGCCAUCACCCAGCAGCUAAAACAAGCCAAACCCACGUGUGCCAACGGUGAUGCCAAAACUGACCUCGGGCACAUUCUGGACUUCACCUGCCGCCUCAAAUAUCUCAAGAUCCCUGGAAUGAAAGGAGCGGUGGGUGCGAGUAACAUUGAGGAGCAGAGCCUACCAUUCGACUUGUCCAUCUUUAAAGCACUUCUCCAGAUUGAGAUCAGCGAUUGUGAUGUAGGACAGAUCGAAGGUCUGCCGUAUCUGAGACCCACACUGGCCACGCUCAACAUUCACAGAUCAGCCAGCAGUAUGAAGGAAAUCUUAGUACCUGAAGCAUCCGAGUUUGCGCAGUGGGAGCCGGAGGGCGUCCAUACGGAUUGUCCCGUGACGGCGAUCGUUUCCAAAUGGAAGACGCUCACGACUCUCGACAUGAGCCGAAACUUCAUUCGCUGCAUCGAUGAAUCAAUGAAACUGAUCCCUGCAGUUGAAUUCCUCGAUCUCAGCCACAACGAGUUGUCUUCAGUGGAAAACCUUCAGCAUUUAUACAAUUUGGUUCAUCUGGACCUGUCCUUCAACAAACUCACCGUCAUGGAGGGCGUUCAUACUAAACUCGGGAAUAUCAAGACUUUGAAUCUAGCUGGGAAUCAGAUGGAAACCCUCUCUGGACUUAGCAAACUUUACUCCCUAGUUAACUUGGAUUUAAGCAGCAACAAAUUAGGCCAGCUGGAUGAAAUUAAACACAUCGCCGCUCUUCCCUGUCUUGAAAAACUCGCUUUGGCCAACAACCCCAUGUGUAUCAUCCCAGACUACAGAACUAAAGUUUUGGCACAGUUCUGCGACCGAGCAUCGGAGGUGUGUUUGGACAGCACAACCACUACAGAGAAAGAGUUUGAUACUGUUGAGGUCCUGAAAGCCAUUCAGAAAGCCAAAGAAGCUAAAAACCGAAUGGCAAACAAUGAGAAAAAGGUGAGUGACGCUCCGGGUCCGGCCGCAGGUGGGCCGCAGUCAUCGUCCUCCUCUGCCUCGCCCUCCCUGUCCCGCUCCACCUGCUCCAGUCAAGAUAUAACUUGUAAAGAAAAAACUUUUGUUACCAAAGAAAUAUUAACUCCUGUGGAUUCUACAUUUACCCAGAGAUGCUAUGAUGUUUACAAUACAACCUGUGAUGUCGACCCGCAGGUGAAAACUGAUUCCUGUUUGUCCCCUGAAGUCACCCGUGAGAGUGGCAGCUCCUGUUGUUGUGAAGAGGUCUGUAAACCCUGGACCACAAGUCUUUCCAAUCUCCACUUGCCUCCUUCAUUACUUCUCUACAACAAAACCAACCAAGACUUCACCAACAAGCUUUCUGCUCUCAUCAACCAGUCCGACAGAGAAGAGUCAACACCAAAACCACCCAUCACAACUUCUUUAGAAGAUACAGACCAAGAUUGUCUUCGAUCUGGGGAUGGAUACUUCGAAAUGAGUGUAGAUGAUAGUCAAAAAAUCAUGGGCUGCUCUUCAUCAAAUGUACCUGAUGAUGUAAAGAAGGACUCGGACGAUGUAAAUAUAGUGGUUUGGUCUUUUUGCGUCAGUGUUGGAGAAGGUUUGAGUCAGCGGCCAUCUUGUUUGGUAGCAACAAACGGUUCGCUGGUGGUUUUCAAUGCACGGUUAGAAGAACCAGCAAGCACGUUGGAGGAGCUAAUGGAGAACCUGGAGAAAGACUUGGUUGUGCUUUAUGCUGACAUUGUAAGCUUUCGGUUUGAAAUUCCAGACGUUUGUGUCUCCUUAAAGGUUAAGUGUAGCAAUACACGCUGGUUUUUCUUCGCGGACACCCAGAGUCUGAAUGAAGUACACUCUUAUGUUAGUCCUCAAGUGAACCAAAUUAACGUUAGUGCUACCUCUAACGUAAAACUGUUCGUCCGACAGUUUCUAAACUCGUGGGAUUUUGAAGGAAAUGAGGGCAGUGUUAAAGGCGGACAUUUGAUUCAUUUCUUCAAUUUCGAUUCGAAAUCUACCUCCGACAAAGUCCCAAACACCUCGGAUGUUUUAUUUCAGAUCAGCGACAAGGACCAAACUUCCAAUCCCACGAUCCUCUUCAUGACCUCUCGCCAUUUCUGCGUUCUCAAAGUCGACUUCAUCGCCCUGGCGGGUCGAGACCCCUCUGAGGCGAACGCGUUGCGUAGCUGCUCCAAAAUGACCCGCAUCCCUCUUUCCUACAUGUUUCUCGACCCCAGACAGAGUUGCUCAUGUAGGAACUCAACUUUUGGUGGUUUUCGUGGCGACCAUGUCGUAGAGUUAAUGGCGGGUCACGAACGCUUGACUGUCAUUUUCGCUCUGCCGAAAGAGAAAUUCACCUUCCUUCGAGACUUUGCCUGGCUGCGUUCCAAUCUCAGAGAAAUUAAGACCAUCACCCUACAACGCCACUUGAGAGUUAGCAGUUGCCACGACUCCUCAAUAACUAAGCAAGGAUUUCCAAACACCAGCGUUCCUCAGGAUGCAGGACGGCCUCAUCUGUCCCUGUCUCUGCUGUAUCCAGCCACAUCUCUCAUUCAGCAAUUGACCGAAGACAACCAGUGUCCUUCACAUCUCACGCUGUCACCGUCUUUACUCUUCCUCUCGUCUUUGAAGGGAGAACAGCUCAUUCACUUCUUCCGCGAUAACAUCGCAGAGGUGGAGAACGAGGAACUGAAGAUGAUCCUGUGGACUUCAGUGCUCUUCUACACAUCUCCUGAUGCGGAGACGUCUGCUUGCGUCCUGCUGUCCACAAGAGCCAUCUAUCUCAUCCUGGAUGAUUCAGCAGCGAUGCUCGCCAACCAAUCCAUGAUGUGGACCUGGCAACCAUCAGAGCAAGUAGGCUCCGACUUCUUCCUCUCCUACAGCUUUACUAUCAAACUGAAGGACCUUCAGAGCGUCAACGUUGGCCUGUUCGACCAGUACUUCAGAAUCGUGGGUCCUACAGCCGAUCAGAUCAUUUCGUGUCUGACCCGUGAUGGUUACGGUACACACCGGUUCCUUCAGCAGCUCAUGAUGGUUUUGUCACUGCUGGAGAAGGUUCCUUCACCUGAGCCAUCUGAGAUGGACUUCUAUUCACAGUUUGGAAACAAAAGCACAGGUAAAAUGGAAAACUACGAACUGGUCCACUCCAGCAAAGUAAAGUUUGUGUACCCCAGCGAGGAAGAGAUCGGAGACUUGACCUUCAUCGUGGCGGAGAGGAAGAGCCCUCAACCUCCAUCUCACUCCUUCAACAUCCUUCUCUACGUGCUGGUGUUCCAGGUCCACGUCAUUCCGGAUCAAACCGGCAAGAACCGAAGCCUCCUCCAGCCCAAAACUCUUAUUCUCACCAGCACGGAUGUCUUCCUGUUGGAUGAAGAUCACAUUAGUUAUCCUUUACCGGAAUUCGCAAAAGAGCCACCGCAAAGAGAGAAGUACCGCCUAACGGACGCUCGGCGGAUUCGCGAUCUGGACCGCGUGCUGAUGGGCUACCAGACUUACCCGCAAGCCCUCACGCUGGUCUUCGAUGACGUUCCCGGGCCCGAUCUUCUGUGUCAUCUCACCAUGGACCAUUUUGCGGAGCGAGAAGGGAGGGGUGAUAGAACCCAGGGGGGAGCGGAGGGUGAGGUACAGUGGUGUAUAUUCGUACCGGGAGCAGACAGCAGGGAGCGACUGAUUUCUCUUUUGGCUCGCCAGUGGGAGGCGCUGUGCAGUAGAGAGCUGCCGGUUGAACUCACGGGAUGAAGCAUAAAUAAAUUUACAAAACUACAAUUCUCUUUUUUUUUUACAUAUUUGACAAAAUGCAUCCUGGGAAACUUAAUAUUGUAGAGUCCACAUGAGUGUAAUAUAUAUAAAUAUUCAGUAUUUAGUACAUGUAUUAUUUUUUUUAUUAUUUUCCUCUGGCUUAAGACUUUGCUUUUUGCUGCUGUUCAUUUAUUUAUCUGCUGCUGUGUACAAUCGAACAUUCAUCAUGAAAUGCAAUGUCUGUUUUUUUGCAACAGUGUUAUAUUUUAAUUUAGCGUAAACGUGCAGUGGAUAGAUUGUUUUAAAGAUGGAUAAAAGUCUUUUUAUACAUAAAUGCUGUUUUUAAAGUUUUAUUGUAUUAGGAAGUAAUCAGAUUUGAAUCUGUGGAUUUGUUUGUACAGAUUGUUUUGUUCAUUCGGGUUCGUAACGGGAAACCACAGAGCACAUGUUUACAAAACACAUUUAGCUUCGUGAGAUUAUUAAUAUGGGAACUCGAGACUUAACAUGCACUUUGCGUUUCUAAGAAAAUAAAUGACAUUUAAAUAUA